UGAUUAAGGAGCACUAACAGGACUCACUUAGGGGCUGCCCUCAUAUUUUUCUUUUUUCCUUUUUUUUUUUUUCCUUUCGUCACCCCUUCCACCCCGAAAUCUCUUUGGAUUUAUUUGUACCAAACUAAGGCAGUGGAAAAAGUCCCAGAUAAAAAAUGGUUGCCACCUCUCUCUCCUGACUUCAGUCCUUCGGACGAAGAGCCUGCUCAAGUCCGAUGGGAGCAGUGUCGGUGUAUCCAUGAUGUUUACAAAGGAGUAAAUAUCAGUAUGACUAGAGUCUGAGGAAGGGCUUCUGUGUUCCUACCAAAAGCUUGCUGGUGCAGAGGAACAGACAAGGAGAGCAGCAGGGGCAUUUUGAGCUACCAUGGAUGUCCCCACCGAUUUAGUGCCAUCGUCCAUGAUGUCCCAACCUGAGGUGAUUGAGUCCACAGCCAUGAGUGAACCACAGUGCUACUACAAUGAAACCAUUGCCUUCUUUUAUAACCGAAGUGGAAAAUAUCUAGCCACUGAAUGGAACACUGUCAGCAAGCUUGUAAUGGGACUGGGGAUUACCGUCUGCAUCUUCAUAAUGCUGGCCAACCUCUUGGUUAUGGUGGCUAUUUAUGUCAAUCGCCGGUUCCACUUUCCUAUUUAUUACUUAAUGGCCAACUUAGCUGCUGCGGACUUUUUUGCAGGGCUGGCCUACUUUUACUUAAUGUUCAACACAGGACCCAACACUAGAAGACUGACUGUAAGCACCUGGCUUCUCCGUCAGGGUCUCAUUGAUACCAGUCUGACAGCCUCUGUGGCCAACUUGUUGGCCAUUGCCAUUGAGCGGCACAUUACGGUCUUCCGAAUGCAGCUGCACACUCGGAUGAGCAACCGCCGGGUGGUCGUUGUCAUUGUUGUUAUCUGGACUAUGGCCAUCGUCAUGGGGGCCAUCCCGAGUGUCGGAUGGAACUGCAUUUGUGAUAUCACCCACUGCUCCAACAUGGCACCGCUCUAUAGUGACUCCUACCUGGUCUUCUGGGCUAUUUUCAACCUGGUCACUUUUGUGGUCAUGGUGGUCCUAUAUGCUCACAUCUUUGGGUACGUUCGCCAAAGGACUAUGAGAAUGUCCAGGCACAGUUCUGGACCCCGCAGGAAUCGGGACACCAUGAUGAGCCUCCUGAAGACUGUGGUCAUUGUGCUUGGUGCUUUCAUAAUCUGCUGGACCCCAGGAUUAGUCUUGCUGCUCCUCGACGUUUGCUGUCCCCAGUGCAAUGUCCUGGCCUAUGAAAAAUUCUUCCUGCUCCUGGCAGAGUUCAACUCUGCCAUGAACCCCAUCAUCUACUCCUACCGGGACAAGGAGAUGAGCGCGACGUUCAAGCAGAUCCUGUGCUGCCAGCGCAGCGAGAGCGCCAACGGCCCCACCGAGGGCUCGGACCGCUCGGCCUCGUCCCUGAACCACACCAUCCUGGCUGGCGUGCACAGCAACGACCACUCCGUGGUGUGACACCACGGCCAGCCCCUGGCCCACACAGAGCAGCAGGCGUGGCCCCGGGGAAGGUAACCCACUCACGUUUUCUCAAACACUAAUGGACUACAAGUGCAUCUUUUCCAGGGGGCCUGGCAUACCGGCGCAGACUGCCCUGCCCACAGGAUUGGCCGUGCUGCAAAGCCUUUGAUUUCUGCUUUGAAAAAUUAGAACGUGGUUGCUUUGCAGAAGAGGCCAUCAGUGAUCCACAGAAAGCCUUGCUGAGACUUUGUCGGACUUUGCUGCAUCUUGGUGCCAGUCUGAAUCAACUCUGAUUAAUUAAGCUUAUACCUGCUUCACUGCAUUUACAUGUAGCCACUUAGUAUUUUUAAAAAGGGAGUAAAGGGGAUAAAAAUAUGCCUAUCAUUUAAUAGACAUGUAAUAUGUAUCACCAUCAGCAUGCUUGUGAUGAACAUUUUCUGUGCAGGGAGUAAAACUGUGCUCUAGUCUUUGUAUCCUUAGCCACACUGUCAUAACUACAGUAAAAAGAAAAGUAUUUUUUUCUAACACAGGCAACAGGAAGAUGAGGGAAACUGACUCUUCUUACCUUCAUUAUUGGUGUUAGAGAAUGCAUGUUCUGUGUGUAUGCAGAUUGUUUCAAUUAUGAAAAAAAAAUCUCUUUGUAAAGUCUGCCGGAAAGUAGAAAAACAUAGACUGUAUUCCAGUGUUUGUUUAGAUUAUGAAAUAAACAGUACUUUAGUCACAAUGUAUAUAAGGUUCUUCUUUGAAGUACAGUAUGAAAUUUGUAAUAUGUAAGGGGUACCAAGUUUUUUAUGGAUAAGUUCUUAAAGUACGAUACAUCCCUAAAGCUCUUAAAGGGCUACAGUCAGGUUGGUAGAUUACAAAAGUUGUAUUUAUGGCAUAUUCUUGGAAUGCUUUUCUUGUUCAUAGCAAAAAGCAUAUGAAUUUUUAAUGGCAAAAAAGAAAAGGUAUGUUUUUAUGGAACCUUUCCUAUAACUGAAAACAGAACACCUUUGGCAUUUUUGCACUGAGAAGUAUUUGUAGGGUACCAUUCAAAUGAUGCCUCCUUCAUUUCAAAAGCAGUGGGCUACUAAGAACCAAGGCACAAUUUUGUGUUGUGAAGUCAACACUUUAUAAGAUAGUCAUCCAAUCCAAAUGACUGGACCAUAUUACAGAUAAUAGCCACACAUGUACACUGUUAUAAGUACCUAAGUUAACAGGUGGGUUUUUUCCACAUGAGACUGUUUUGAAGAGAAAUGUCACUCAUGUGAAUAUCAGUUACCAAGAAUCACUGAUAGUAAACAAAACUCAUCAAGAAGGGUACAUGUCAGCAAAGGUGGGAUCUUGCUGAUAAAAAACUUGGGACCUCUUUCCAGGAAACUCUGUGUUAUCCUAACAAUGUAAAAUAUAUCAACAGCAAAUUCCUGGUGCUGUUUUCGUCAUUGUAAUUGCCUCUACAACGAAAAGGAAAAACAAAAGGGGGGAGGAACAAAACAAAACAAAACAAAAAGAAAAACAAAAAAACAAGGGAAAAAGACUCACUCACAAAAAAAUAACCCCGCAAAACAAAACAACCCAGACAUACAUAUCCUUCAUUUUACCAUACUGGAAUGUAACUUAAGGGAUGCUAUUCUCCCAUUUGGGCAGGGAAAAAAUGGAGGGUGGAGGGUCAGCUCAACAAAAUCCAGUAUUUUCAACAUCUCUUUCUUUGAGGAGAUGCUUGGAUUUUAUGCUUCCAAGCAAAAAAUUGCUUGGAAUAGGCAGUUCCUUGCUUAGAGAGGGAAGAGAAACAAGUGAACAAAUCCUGCCUCCACAGAAUGAAGUGAGAGUUAUGACACUGCUGUCAGUAAAACUGAAAUCCACCUGAACAGUCAAGCUAGUUUUGUGUGGACACUGUGGAAAGUGGAGUAGGCAGAAUGAAUAAACAUUACAUUGUCUGCCAGUUGACCAAGGUUUUGAAUAUAUCCACUGGCUUUGAACAAAACCAAUCUUUUUUCUGACUGUAUUUGAGAGCAAGUGAAUGUACAGAUGGAUUUGUUUUUAUUUGCAGAACUGUAGUGAGAAACAGAAAAGCAGGCUGCAUGAACUUUUUCAUUUAAAAGCAUCUGCUUGCUUAUCCACUCAUAUAUUUUCCUUAGUGCCUGCUUGAUACUUGAACUAGUGCAGGUAAGCAGAAGAAAGGAGAGGGUAAAUCUGCCUCCAAAGACAGAUAUCUGAGUAAAACAAAAAUUUCUUUUUCUCAAGAAUGCUUGGAGUUCCUUCCUUCCUUGAAUUCAGCAAGAGCACUUUUUCCUGCCCCUAACAUCCCUGCGAAAUUAGAAGAUUGUAGACACUUUUGGCUUGGCUAAGGUUUGGGGGUUUUUGAGCUGGGAGUUGUCCUUUCCAUGUUCUUUUCACUGCUAUUUGCAUGCUUUUAUUGAAUCUCCUCUGGAUAGGGUGGGAGGAUGAUGUUACAAAAUAGCAGCAAAUCAUUCACCCUAGUUUAACCUGCUGGAGGUCUGGUGGGUUUUGAGAAGCCAUGGGUGAAUAACUUGAAAACAGGAGUGGUGUGGUUGUUUGAACAUGGGUGGGUCCAAAGGCCUUUUGUGAAGACAGAUGUCCAGGGAGGAUUUCUGUCGUCACUGUGAUUGUGACAGAGGGCAGUUGCUGUCCAGGUACAUAGUUCAACCCAAGGAGUCACUCAAAAAUUCCAGAAGGUGAACCUUUUGAACUCUUAGCAGCAGUUAAAUUCCAUUGUCAGGUAUAUUAAUCCAGGAGCAUGUCUGACAGCAGGUGUCUUUUCUUCUGAAAGGUGAAGUGCAAUGUUUCAGAUCAAAUGCAGCAGGAGGAAUAUUGCUUGUACAAUUCUGCUAGAGGAGGUCACCAAGCAUAUGGCUGCUGUAUAACAAUUUGAUUAGUGCUUUGUGUUGUUGACAUGUUCCUAUAUCCUCAAGAAAUCUGAUCUGUGAAUUGAGUAGUUCUUUGCAAGCUAAUGAAAUUAAAGCUCCAGUGAGCAAAGAGAAUAAAAACAAGAGCCUGGAAUAGAAGGACCCAUUUGCUGUGUUCCUUAGAAUGGUUCCCAGCCAUUUGUUGUCAUCUCAGAAUUUUUUUAAGUUUUAGUCUUCUAUUCAGAUUUUCCAGCCACAUUGUGCAGUUGUAGAGCUCACUUCUGCUAUGUGAAAACAUGGUGCAAAGUACUUAGGGAAAAAGAUUGCCCCACUUAUUUUUACUUAUCUCAAAUUCUUCAAAAGGUUUUAGAAGACUUCUUAAAAUACCAACGAUCCUCCCACAGUCAUUAAAAUUCUUUUGUUGCUGAUUGCUUCUGGUCCAAGUAAAUCCUCUUGAAGUUCAAAUGUAAUGGUGUUCAUGUCAGCAAUUGUAGUGGUGGGAAGUUGUGUAUUAAAAGGAAUAUGCAGAUCAAGGAAAAUGUGUUUUUCUACUUCAUGUAUUUUCAGUGGCAGAAUAAAUAUGAAAACUAAUUAAAAAGAUGGCCUUUGAAUUUUAAUUCCCUGUUGCUGUGAUAUAUACAGAAGCUAGGUAACCCAUCAGUCAGAAAAAGCACAACUUUUUUUAUAAAAGAUUGAAAAUAUAUUCUGUGUAUAUUUGACACAUUGAUUUUCUUGUCAGCACCUUUUUUUUUUCUCAGUUUUCUGGGAUCCCUUGGCAGCUUCAGGCUGGCUUCUGACUGAAAAAGCUGGGCAGAUAGAAGAGAGGGCAGACCGAAAAAGGGCUUUUGCACUGAUUCCUAAAAUUGGAAUCUGUCCAUAGUGCACCAGUAAUGGAGUUUUUUUUAAAUACUUGCUACAUUGUUUUUUUAACUCUGCCUUUGCCAAUAGUCACAGCUGUAGCAGCACUUUAACAAUCAGGCAGCAAAGGCUUGGAGUAAGCCACUUGGUGAAAAGGAAAGGGCAGGCCUGCUCUCUUCAUGGGGCAAACUAAGCCUGGGUAACUUGGAUGUCAAAAACUAAAGGACAUGUCUUAUGUCCAGUGUUUUAUAUCUCCUUCCUCUGCUAUGUAACUUCUGAAUAUCAACAUAAAUUUGUCCCAGUAUAGGAUUGCACUGAAAUUAAACUUUUCAGGUCACUGCAUGGGCUGUCUUUUGAUCUGUACUGGUGUGGUGGGCAGGGGUUUAACCAUGGCCAGCCUGGGUCCCAGGAGCAGUGUGUCAGGGGAAACUGAAGUGGGCUCUGCUUCUGAAGCAGGUUUUGUAGCUUUUUCUGACCUUUGUGUUGCUUCAGUAGCAUACUACCAGAUUCCAUACUUUACUGUAAAGCCAUCUAGGGUUUCUGUCUGUGACACUCCUGCAGCCAGAUCGCUCUGCAGUGGGUAUCCUCGGACAAAAAACAUGCAGAUUUUGCUGUGAAAGAAAUAAAAGUCCACCAUGCAGAUUGGUCUUACCAGGUGGAAUUAGAAAGAACACCACCAAUGGAGAGGCUUUGAUGCAAACUCCUCUGGUCUGUCUUUCAGUCUGUGUGAAUGGAGGUGAUGCAAAGCAGGGUGGGCAAAGGCAUUUCUCUAGGGCAUUGUCCCCACCCUGUGCAGGAGGCAUGACCCUGACCCUGCUGUCCCUGUCAUUGUCUCUUCUGACUUCAAGACUGGAUGUAGCUGGCAGAGGUCAGUCUUAGCAAACUGGCAAAUUUGUUCCACUCACUGCAGAGGUAAAUGCAGGCUUUUCCUUUUUCUGGUCCUGUUAAGGGCUUUCCUGUUAUUGCAAGUGUACCUGUCGUGUCCUUUCAAACCAGUUCUUGCUGUGAGGCAUCAGUCUGUGCUGUACUCUGAUGUCUGUAAGGAGGGAAUUUGCAACUGCAAUCUCAUUUGUUCAGACAAAUUGCUAGGCUUUUCCAUUUUAAUGGAAAGGCCACUUCCAAUAGAGAGUUAGCUUUACUGGCAUCCACACCUGUCCAGCCACAGCUCCUUAAGAAAAUGUGCCCUUAUCUUUCCUUCCAUUUUCCUCUCUUAGAGGAUUUUCUAAGAAGCUAUUGACCCAGCUUCUCUUUUCUAAAUCUAUCAAGAAGACAAAAAAGAGGUUUAUGUUUAAAGAAAACAAACAAAACAGCCAAACCAAAACAAAACAAUUACAACAAAAACCUCACAAAACAAACUAAAAAAGCCACAAGAAAAACACAGAGCACAUGGAUAUUAAACUAUGCUGCUGUCUUCUGUGGUACAUGGAAAUCCAACACACUGAUAGCUGCCAGCAUUUUAACCAGAGCCUCCAUGAAAUGUUCCCUUUUGCCUGUGAUAAAAUUCUGAUAACCAGAAGUGUAUGUGGGAGACUCAGGAAUUUGUUAAUUUUUCCUGUUUAAAUAAAGCCGUGUUUGUAAUUCAAAAGUAUUGAGAGAGCCAACGAGCUUUGGCAAACAAUUUUGUUACUAAGUGCACUUACUGUAAAUGUUUAGAGGUUGUAUCUAGUACAAUAAAGUAUUUGGCAUGUGUAA